AUGCAUGCGGCUGGGGGCAGAAAUGGCGGCUUGCAGCAUCCGUUAAGCAUCACUGUCAGCGUCCUCACGCUCAUUACAAUAUCCGCCCAGGUUACUGGCCUGGUCAGGCAAUUCCGCGACGAAGUCAACGUCGUUGACACGACCCUCAAUGGGAUUAUUAAUGACGUGGAAGCAUUUCAGAGCGUACUGGAGUCGAUGAACGAGACGAUCGAACAGAAAGAACUCAGGGCUCACUCUAAUACUACAGGCCACGUGGGAAGCCAUUGGAAGAACUUGUCAAGGUCGCUGAGCGAUGGCUCAAGCACGCUAGAGCAACUAUGGUCACUCAUCACAAGUGUCAGCAAGAGCGCAAAGUUCUUGGAUGCACCCAGAAAACAUCUCAGGUUCAAAAGCGCUAUCGCUCAGAUAGCAGAGUUCCGGGAGCAGAUCCAAUCUUACCGCGCGGCUUUGCAAUUGUCCCUUAGCACAAUCACCCUUUGGAAUCAAACGACGUUGCAAAAGUCUACGGAUCAAAUACAGGAAAAGGUCAUUCCUGACCUUAAUAAGCUUUACGACGAGUUCCGCACACUUGGUACGACUCUCAACUUGAAGAUUGAGAAGCUGCAAAGUACCGUUGCGAAUCAAGGUUACCACGCGGAAUCAGAGCUCAUAUCAAUGACCAACCUCAAGGAAACUGUUCAGUCAGCAGCCAACGUUGUUUCGACCGCAUCGACUACAUUAGCGCCAGAGAGUAGCGAAAAGGCUUCCGUGAAGUACGGCUCUGACUUCGGUGACAUCUUCAAGAAGGAAUCCAACGAGCCCAUGCAACGCUGGAUCUCUUCGAAUACCGUGUACGAAUAUGAAGAUGCGGAAGCACCAGCACCAGAUCCGUCCGAGACGAGUACUGGAGAAGCAAUCACUGAGUAUCAGUCUGGCAGUGACUCUGAUAUUGAGAAUGAGCUUGUGAGGGCGCUGUUCAACAACGGAAAGAAGCGCAAGAACGACGGGGAUCUGCAAGGCGCAGCGCGAACGCUUAAGAACUGCUUGUCUAGAUUUCUCACGACUUCGACGUACAACUCGACGACCUCCUCUGAAGCAAAAACCAUGAUGAAGGAGAAGCUCGCUAUCACGGAGCAUCAGACAGGCAGAAAGAGUGAGCGCUAUUUAUGGGACAUAUACAGAUUGUCUGAAGUAACGGUGAAGACGAAAGAUCAUGCUGAAGCGCAUCUUCACGGACGGCAAUCGCUGCGAGGCUUCAAGAAGUUACGAGAAACAGGGCUUCACGGCUACGAGAGCCUGACACUUCCCAUACUUAUUUGUAGCGAAGAAGGGAAUGCUGAGGAAGAGGAAGCGUACACUGCUCUUUUAGAAAGCCAUCAGUCAAACAUGAAAGCGCGUUCGGACUAUGAAGUUCACGCCUUUCAGACCCGAGGUGUAUGA